UGAUGUCACGAACACAAGAAGCACACAUGCCGACACUGUGCAGCGCACUGUGGAGAUACACUGUAUCUGAGCUGUCCUGCAAUUAAACAUGUGUGUUUAGAAACGAGUGAGCUGGUAGAUCCAGCUAUGGUCCUCCGCUGGUGUGUCUUCAGCAGGAGCUGUGUUGGUAGCUAGCCAGAUAUGCUAGCCAGGACUUGUUCAGCAUUGUGGAGACUGCAGCAGCAGCAGCCCUUGGAGAGAAUACAUUUCUCCAGGUUGUUUCCAGCACUAGCAGGACGGAGAGAAAAUGGGCUUUGCUCCAGGGUCAAAUGCUUUACACCCAACCUCUUGACACAAAGUCUGUCUUCACAUAGUCUUUAUACAGACCAGAAGAAGCAGGAUGCUCACACCAGCUCUUCCCAUCUUUGGUGGUCUUCAGGACUUCAAAGAGGAGCACAUAAAGGACCUCACAUGGUUUACACAGAAUCACUUGUCUUAGAUAUGAUGAUGCCCAAAGCAUGGCGUAUGCACACAAGACUAAAGUCCACCACGACAGCUACUAAAUCUGUGCUGCUGCAGGGAGGCGUACCUGGCAAAAGAACAUUAAAGGGACCAAGGACAAAGCAGCCAUCAAGAGCAAACCUGCCUGCCCCAGAAGAGGAUAUGAUGCAGUGUAUUGCCUAUGCAACUGCGGACCAGUACCACCUACCAACUCUCUGUCAUGAUCUGAUAGCCAAUGGCUUUUUUGAAAUUAGAGACCUUCCCAGAGAUGCCUCAAAUGUCUUGGUGAUUGGAGCAGAGUCAGUGUCAAAACCAGAUGACACUGCUAUGAUAUUUUUCUUCAGAGAAGGUUCAGUGGUUUUCUGGAAUGUCACAGAGAAAGAUGUAAAGAAAGUAAUGAGAAUAUUGGAGCAACAUGAGAUUCAGCCGUAUGAAGUGGCCUUGGUUCACUGGGAAAAUGAAGAGAUUAAUUAUACAGUAGGAGAGGGAAAUUCGAAGCUGUACAGAGGAAACUUCAUAUUCAAUGCUGAGAUGGACUACGAACAACAGAUUCUGGAGAAAUUUGCAUUUUCCAAUGCCUUGUCUCUGUCAGUUAAGCUGGCAAUAUGGGAGAUCUCUCUGGAUAACUUUGUUGAAUCUAUUCAGUCAAUUCCUGAGACACUGAAAUCUGGAAAAACAGUAAAACUCUCCAGGGCAGAGGUGUUGCAGAAAAUAGGUGAACUCUUUGCACUAAGGUACUGCAUAAACCUCAGUUCUGAUCUACUUAUCACACCUGACUUUUACUGGGACAGAGAAGACCUGGAGCAGCUGUAUGACAAAACCUGUCAGUUUCUCAAUAUCAACCGUAGGGUCAAGGUUGUGAACGAGAAGCUGCAACACUGCACUGAACUGACAGACCUCAUGAGAAACCACCUCGGUGAAAAGCACAGUCUUCGACUGGAGUGGAUGAUCGUAAUCCUCAUUACUAUUGAGGUAAUGUUUGAACUGGCCCGGGUGAUCUUCUAAAGAGAUUAUAGAAGAUACAGGAGCUAUGGCAAAAGAUUAUCCCUGUCUGAAACCAGCAAGAACACAAAAUCUUCUCCAAAAGAAAUGAUUUAAUUUACGCUUAGUGUUUAGUGAUAUGCUGUAGUUUUUUUUUUGUUUUUUUUUAAAUCUCAGUAUUUUCAAUAGUUCAUGCCAUGUACUUACAAAUUAAUUAAAUGCUGUUUUUUUGUCUGAUAGAAAUGUAUAGUGCUUGUUGUCUUUAUAAGAUAAACAAUUUAUGUGAA